AUAUUAUGUAUGUGGGUAUGCAGCGGAUUUGCAUUUGUGAGGUCUACCUGUCUCUAAAAAUAUACAGUCAGUCAUUGCUCGAUCUCGUUGUUUUAUUGAAGUGUUCCCUAUACUUUUACAUGGCGCAGCCGGUUAAAGUGAUAAAAAGUGCAUAAUUUAAAAAGCAGAAGACAAGAAAGUGAAGAUAGUAAGAAAAUUCGGAAAGAAAAAAACAAGAUGGAAUCGGUUCUUACUCCCCCUUUGCCGUUUAAGUUUGAGGAAAAUGUAACCAAUAUGGCGUUUGGCAGUUUGUGUGAAUCUUGGGAGAAGUGGAAGAAUGGUUUUCAAAUAUACGUAAAGGCAUGCGAACUUAAUAAGAAAACAGAAGAAAUACAAAUGAACAUUUUUUUACACGUCGUAGGGGAACAGUGCCGUGAGAUAAUAGAACAAAGUACGACGAAAUGUACAACAUUAGCGGCUUUAAUAGGUCAAGUCGAUAAUCAUUUUAAAGCGAAAAAAAAUGUAACGGUCGAGCGUCAUCGGUUUUUUACUCGUCAACAAGGUGAACACGAGUCCAUAGACCAAUACGUCUUUGAGUUGAGAAAGUUGGCUCAGUCGUGCGAGUUUGGUAACUUAAACGACGGAUUAAUAAAGGAUAGACUCGUAUGUGGAAUCGUGAGCGCAGCGAUUAGAGAGCGACUGUUACGCGAAGACGACCUAACGCUAAAUAAAGCGUUAGAAAUAUGUCGGGCUGCUAUAGUGUCGAAAAUGUAUUCGGAGGACAUUAAACGCGAGUGUACUAGUGAGACAAAAGGUAACGAAGUGUGUGCGGUAGCUAACAAAGAAGUGUACGAGUUGAAUCGGUCAGGUGCGAAAGUCGAAGCAAAAUCGAGUCGUGGUAUGAGUUCCGGACGAGGAUGGCGCGGGCGCGGAUGGGCGCAUGGCGCGGGGCGCAGUGGCGCGCCGGGCGCGGCAGGCCCGGCCGGCGCUCAGCACCGCGCGCCGUACGCAUAUCGCGGAGGGCGGUGCGGUCAGUGCGGCGGCGUGCACAAAAAGUACGAUUGUCCGGCGUAUGGCAGGAGCUGCAUGAAAUGUUCCAGACCAAAUCAUUUUGCCAGGAUGUGCAGGGUGUACAUGGUGGAAGAGUCUGAGGACCAGGUAAAUAAUAUUAAAAACCGAUGUUGUGACUGUUGUGAGGAGUGGAACACGGAAUUAAAAAUAAAUAAUGUACCUGUGUGUUUUAAAUUAGAUACGGGAGCAGAGGUUAACAUACUCCCUAAACGUUAUCUGACAAAAUUAGGUAUUUCGAGUAAGGAUUUGUCAAAAACAAAUACAAGACUUACUGAAUACUCUGGUGCUGGUCUUAAUGUCAUAGGAAAGAUUUUCUUGCGAGUCAGAUACAAAAAUAAUUUAUAUGUAUUAGAGUUUAAAAUUGUUGAUUUAAAUUCCGCGCCGAUACUGGGACGGUAUGCGUGUAAAGAGUUAAAUUUGGUCAGGCGAGUUAUGUCUGUGGAGCAGUCUAAUGAUAAUGAUCCGGAUUUUAUAAAGAAAUUCAGUGAUGUUUUUCAUGGCAUAGGUUGUCUUCCUGGCGAGUAUAAAAUUCAAUUAAAAUCAGAUGCGGUACCGGUAAUUCAUGCACCGAGGAAAUUACCAUUUGCGAUAAAGGAUGCGGUCAAAAAUAAGUUGUUAGAGAUGGAAGCUCAGGGUAUAAUUGCUAAAGUUGAGGGUCCUUCGGACUGGGUUAGUAGUAUAACGGUAGUUAAAAAAUCUAACGGAGAUUUGCGUAUUUGUUUGGAUCCUAAAGAGCUAAAUAAUGCUAUAAAGCGAGAACACUUUCGGCUUCCCACCAUCGAUGAGAUUGUGUCCAAUUUGUCAGGCGCGCGGUACUUUAGUACCCUUGACGCGAGCUCAGGUUUCUGGCAGGUGCGGCUAGACGAGACUACGGAUACGCUGUCGCGCGCAUACGAGCCGAGCGCGAGCGUCGAGCAUGCUGGCCGCGAGGCGCUGCACGACGAGGUGUGUGCUGUGGAGCGAGCGCUGGCCGUGGUCGCCAACGACCACUUCACCGACCACCAGUUUGUCGCGCUACAAAAACAAACUGACACCGACGACGAACUGGUGCAGUUAAGAAAAUGUAUUUUAAAAGGGUGGCCCGAUGAUAGGAAAGAUUUAGUAGACGUAUUAAGGCCUUAUUGGACUUAUAGGGAUGAGAUAACUGUGGCACAAGGCUCCAGCAUUGAAAUCGAAGAGAAAAUGCUCCCCUUCCCAUUUCCAAACCCUCACGGGAACGACGACAUCGACGAGCACGGUCCGGCGCUGCGAUCAGUCUAUGAGCACGAUGUCAGGCUUAUUGGCGACAAUAGUCCUGUCAGUGAUGAUAGAUCGACUCCAAUAGAGCCUGGCACGACUGUUUUCGAUAACUGGCGCAGGUACCGUUCAGAUUCAGACUGCAAUAGCAUUACUGCUGCAGUAUUGCAGCGCGACAUUACUGCCGAAUGCAUUCUGCCGCAAAAUGUCAAUCAAUUUUGCUGCCCGGAUUAA